AUGGAUGUCCGUCGACGAUCGUUGUUGAAACAGGCUGCCACCAAAGGAAAGAACAUGGCAGGUGAAGGUCAGUUUGAUUAUCCUUCUGAUGAUCAGAUGUUCAAAGCAAACAACAAAAAGGUGGUGGAUGCUGCAAAGGCUUCGUCUGAUACUGUCCCUCUUCCAAUGGGCAUCUCGAAUGGUGUCUUCUUUACUGUCUUCUUCUCUGUUGUUUACUUUCUCCUUACCAGAUGGCGUGAAAAGAUCCGUAACUCCACUCCUCUUCAUGUUGUCACCAUGUCUGAGAUGGCUGCCAUCUUCACCUUCGUUGCCUCCUUUAUCUACCUUCUCGGGUUCUUCGGCAUGAAUUUCGUCCAGGCCACGCCAUUUCCGGACGAUGACGAAGAGGAGGAGUUAGAAGGAACAACAGAAGGUGAUGUUAAUGAGAUCAUCCGUAAGGAAGACACCCGUGCGACCCCAUGUGGUGCUUCUCUCGAUUGCGAAUCUGAUCUGCCUGUAAAGCCAGUGUUAAAGAAGGAUGUCGAAAUGGUACCAAUUAUAGGAACAACAGUGUCUGAAGAAGAUGAGGCUGUGAUACAAGCUGUGGUUUCUGGGAAAACGCCAUCUUACUCGUUGGAAUCGAAGCUUGGGGACUGCAAACGCGCAGCGUUCAUCAGAAGAGUGGCCUUGGAGAGGAUAACCGGCAAGUCUCUUGACGGUUUGCCGCUGGACGGGCUUGAUUACGAAUCCAUAUUGGGACAGUGUUGCGAAAUGCCGGUUGGUUAUGUCCAAAUACCCGUGGGUAUUGCUGGUCCGUUGUUGCUGGAUGGAAAGGAGUUUGCGGUUCCCAUGGCGACCACUGAAGGGUGUCUUGUGGCUAGCACCAACAGGGGUUGUAAGGCCAUUUUCGUCUCCGGUGGAGCCACCAGCAUCUUGCUUAAGGAUGGCAUGACUCGAGCUCCGGUCGUCAGGUUCGGCACCGCCAGGAGGGCUGCGGAUUUGAAGUUCUUCUUGGAGGAGCCACAAAACUUUGAGACUCUAGCAUCUGUUUUCAACAAAUCAAGCCGAUUCGGGAGGCUUCAGACAAUCCGAUGUGCGAUUGCAGGGAAGAAUCUAUACAUGAGGUUCACUUGUAGCACCGGUGAUGCAAUGGGGAUGAACAUGGUUUCAAAAGGUGUUCAAAAUGUUUUGGAGUAUCUCCAGACCGACUUCCCCGACAUGGACGUCAUUGGCAUCUCCGGCAACUAUUGUUCCGAUAAGAAACCGGCAGCUGUGAACUGGAUCGAAGGGAGAGGCAAAUCGGUGGUGUGUGAAGCAAUCAUAAAGGAAGAAGUGGUGAAGAAGGUACUGAAGACAAACGUAGCUGCAUUGGUGGAGUUGAACAUGCUCAAGAACCUCACCGGAUCCGCCAUGGCCGGUGCUCUUGGUGGGUUCAACGCCCAUGCUAGUAACAUUGUCUCAGCUGUGUACCUUGCCACCGGCCAAGAUCCAGCUCAGAACAUCGAGAGCUCCCACUGCAUCACCAUGAUGGAAGCUGUGAACGAUGGCAAAGACCUUCAUGUAUCAGUGACCAUGCCAUCAAUAGAGGUUGGGACAGUGGGUGGUGGAACUCAGCUGGCUUCACAAUCUGCAUGCCUUAACUUGCUGGGAGUGAAGGGUGCAAACAAAGAAUCAGCUGGAUCAAAUGCCCGGCAGUUGGCUAAGGUGGUCGCCGCCUCGGUUCUCGCUGGUGAAUUAUCUCUCAUGUCGGCAAUCGCGGCAGGGCAACUCGUGAAGAGCCACAUGAAAUACAACCGCUCCAGCAAAGAUGUUACAGCUAUCAAAUCUUAAACUUCUCGAUCUCAAUAAAUAAAAAGCGACGCAAACCAUUAACCCAUCGUCGCCUGCCAUGCUGAGGCAUGGCAGGUUUCGGUUGGUCUGGUGGUCUGCUUUUAGAUCGGAGAUAAGCUCUCUCUAUAUAUGCUUCUUGUUUAUGUUGAUCUUUUCUCUAUAUAUCCCUUUGUUCUUGUUCAGCUGAUCUCAUUCAGCUCAUGGAACUUGUACUGAUUCCAGUAAAAGGUUCAGUUAAGCUAUACAUUUUCAUCUAUUUGUUUGUUGUUCAAGUGUGUAAGUAUGUUAUGUCAAUAAAGUUGCUUUUUAUGUGAAA